CGGGCCCACACCGGAAGUGGAAUGUCUCACUCUCUUUAACGGUGGACGUUGGCCGAGUCAAAACAAUGCAGGUUAGCUAGCUUCUUGCUGCGCGCAAUUCGGGUUUAAAGAGCAAAUAAACGACCAAAGUCCGUCUGAGCGGCGCGUUGAGGUCCCGCCUGUGCUCUUCUUCGUUUGGGCUCGGUCACGCCGUCCUCGUGGAUGAGUUGAUGCCCGCGCUUUCCCGCGUUUCGGACACCGCUGUGGGUGUUUUUGUUUGGACCACCGCUGCAGAUGGAGGCAGAGGCGGCUAGCAUGAUGCUGUUCGGGAGCCCGACACCAGCGGAAGGGAGGGGCUGAAAACAUAGAGGCAGAUACGGGAGUGUGUGCCGGAAUAUUCACGUGUUAACAUAAGAUAAGAUCGCGUUUAGUCUCGGCAUGGUGGAGUAGACGUCCACGGCGCUGACGCUGCCGCGUUCCUCCGAUCCACCGAGGAACGGCCCGCGCUCACCGGGGGAGGACCGCCAUGGCCCCGGGCUCGCUGGUGGCGGCCUGCCGCAGCCUGGCGCUCUCCACCUGGCUGCUCUCCUUCUGCUUCGUCCACCUGCUGUGCCUGGACUUCACGGUGGCCGAGCGGGAGGAGUGGUACACCGCCUUCGUCAACAUCACCUACGUGGACCCGGCCACGUCCGAGCUGCGCACCGACAAGACGGAGUGCGGCCGGUACGGGGAGCACUCCGUCAAGCGGGAGGCCAAGGGGGUGGUGGUCCUGCCGGCGACCCCGCUGGACCGCCAGGCCUGCGACCCCCACACGCGCUUCGCCGUGCCCGCGCAGGCCGUGCCCUGGAUCGCGCUGAUCGCCCGGGGCAACUGCACCUACAAGGACAAGAUCCGGCACGCGGCCGCGCACAACGCCUCCGCGGUGGUCAUCUUCAACGUGGGCUCCGCCAACGCCAACGACACCCUCACCAUGCCCCACCAAGGUACGGGGGACGUGGUCGCCAUCAUGAUCCCUGAGCCCAAGGGCCGCGAAGUUGUGUCCUUGCUGGAGCGCAACGUCUCGGUCACCAUGACGAUCACCAUCGGAACCAGGAACCUGCAGAAGUACGUGAGCAGGACGUCGGUGGUCUUCGUGUCCAUCUCCUUCAUCGUGCUGAUGAUCAUCUCCCUCGCCUGGCUCGUCUUCUACUACAUCCAGAGGUUCCGAUACGCCAACGCGCGGGACCGGAACCAGCGUCGUCUUGGCGACGCGGCCAAGAAAGCCAUCAGCAAGCUGCAGGUUCGCACCAUCAGGAAGGGCGACCAGGAGACGGAGGCCGACUUCGACAACUGCGCCGUCUGCAUCGAGGGCUACAAGGCCAACGACGUGGUCCGCGUCCUGCCCUGCAGACAUUUGUUCCAUAAGAGCUGUGUGGAUCCCUGGCUGCUGGACCACCGCACGUGUCCCAUGUGCAAGAUGAACAUCCUGAAGGCUUUGGGCAUCGCGCUGAACGCCGACUGUCUGGACGACUUGCCUCUGGACUACGACCUCGCCCUGGGCGGCGUGGGUGGGGUCGGCAUGGGCGGGGUCGGGGUUUUGGCCCUGGAGGCGGUGGUGUCAGGGGCGUCCAGCGAUGGGACGCUAAGCGAAGGCGGGUCGUCGGUGGUGCUGGACCCCGGCGUGAGGCGGAUGGGGCUCCCGCAGGAUUACCCAGACUCUGACGUGCUGAGAGACAGUCCUGUGACCGCCACGACCGACACGCACACAGGUGAAAUCCAGCGAAUGGGGGGCAGCGCCUCCGUGGCGUCUUUCGUAAUCGCUGUAGAGACUGGUUUGUCCGACGAGGAGGGGUCCAUGGAACCACCUCAGAUGGGAGAAAAGUCCUGAGAGAAGAACAACAGAACCAAACCAGAACCGGGCCAAAAAUAGACUAAAAUCAGGGUUUCUGUCCCUUUUUUUCUCGGAGGCAUUUCAGGGGCCCGACAACCCGACUGAAAACCUUCUGAACCAAACCUGACUGUACUUGACCCAGUUACACCCAUCACCUGGUUCUGACGGGGACCGGAUUGGACUCAAAGGUAAUCCCAGAACCACCGCCAGGGCUCACUGGGGUUUUACCUUUGGAAAACGCCAAACCUAAGUGGUCUUUGGGAGAUGGACUUAAAGAUCCUUCAGAUCUGAACCCCAAUGGUCCGGUUUUGUUUGUAGAACUCUUUGGACUUUGGCUCUGGUGUCGCCUCUUCUUUAAGCUGAGCUCAGUGACGGUUCUGCAGUGACUCAGCACAGCCCCUCAUGUUUGAUCCGGUUGAACUUUUCUCUUUGGUUAUCAGAGAGGCUCCGCCCCCAAAGCCAAACGGUGUGGACCCUGUUGGUUCUCUAGUGCGUUCGAUUGCCCAUUUGUUCUAGGUCUAAAAGUAGAACCACUUCACGCUCACUUCCUGUCUUUGUUCUUGGGCUUUGGUUGCCCAGAGAACAGCCAGGAACGUGAACGUGUUUCUGGUCGUUUGGCAAACCCAUGAGUCCGCCACUGGACCACAGUAUCGUGUCUUUUCCCGCCGGUCCUCCAGAACUCUGCCGUUCUCUCACUGCGUUUUCUUUUCGGUGCGUCUGUUGCUGUUCGGAACCAAGGUGACUUGAAGAGCGGAGGAUGGGCCGCUGCAGAGUGGAGACGGGUCAGAACACGACUAAACGGUGAAGCAACGACGAAGCCUCAACAGAUCCAGAACUUUGAUGAUUUCCAGACUCCAGUCCUUUCAGAAUGGCGCCGCAGCAGACGCCUUGUGGCCAUCAGUCGCCUCAGAACCAGACCGUCUGUCGUUCAUCCUUUAGAGACCUCACCGUUUGGACGUGGUCCGUCAUCUGUGGACCGGACCCCAAACGAUCCGAUCGAUAUCGCGUCUUCCUGCAGAGAACUUCUGAAGUUCUUUUGGCUUUUUGUCACAUGUUAUUGGACUUUUCCCAAAAAAUUUGAGCCAUCUUAGUGAGAACCCCUCCCCCCAUUUUAAGUAUAAUAAUUUGGUCAAAAGGCUUAGACAUUUUUAGAACCAAACCCUCCCAACACACAAACACACACACACCCCCACCGGACCGUCGGGCAGAGAAAAGGCCUCAAAUGAACCAUGAAGUGUUGUGAACUCUGAGGACCCUACGGGGCUGUCGGGUCCAAAAGUGUUCAUUUACACUGCCCCCCAUCCCCCGCUCUCGGCUGUUACCGUGUGACCCUGCCUUUUCUCACCGCCCCCGCCCCCCUCCCCAUGACAAUCUAAGGUGCCAGCGUUCACCUGAGCCUCACCUCUAAACCGGAACCAGCUUUCCACGGCCCACCCGCCACGAACAGAAGCUGUGAAGAAGACGUCUGCCCGCCAACAUGUACAUGCGUGCAGCGCGCCAUCGCUCCCGCCUCCACUCCACGCCGGACGGUCGCGGGUGCAAACCCUCCCUGGAGAGAUUCAGAUUGUCGUCUAUUUUGAUACCAGAGGAGAUGUUUAUUUUUGUAACAGAGAUCCUGCAGCACAGACUGACCCCCCCCACCCACCCCGCCUGCAGGACUCCGGGCGUUUUUGAGGAUCCAGCAGCGUGAUUACCAAUCAUUCGUGUAGAUGAGGAGAAGCACUGGAGGCGGGAUGAAAGGAUGAAGAUCGGCCAAAGCUUUGUGUUUCCUCUGCAUACUGAAACCCAUGGUGGUUCUGGAGGAACCCUUCUCUCCUCCUCCUCCUCCUGAGCUUCCUCUGUCCUCCUGACAGAAGCUUCUCAUUGCCUCCUGUGUUGUAACAAAAGGUCCAAACUCGGAUGAUGAAGGUGCUCGGAUGACGCAUUUGUACGUUUUAUUGUUGUUUUAAUUAAAGAUGUUUUGUGUCGUGAGCUUUAA